GGGUGAUAUUUUUCCAAGAGUUCGGUAACUUAACCUAACCUUAAUGUUUUAAGCAAUAAUAGUUACAAUAGACAAGACCUUGUAAUGUCAUGAUAUUGUAUAUUUGCCACAUUGUUGUAAUAUUUUGUGUAUUAGAAUUACCAAUAUUGUUUGUUAUUGUUGUCUUUCUGAGGAUUGCAAAUACUUUUUCUGUAAAGGGUAUUGCAAUGUGGUGUUUUAUAACAGUGCAUAUUGAGUUUCUGAGCUAAGCUGGUCUGUAUUUUUUGAUAUUGUCUGUUAUUAAUCCAUAUUUAUUCUUUCAGAUUUGUGAAGUGAAGUAUGCCAACAAAAUUUUGUAAAGAUUGUUCUCUGAAACUUGGAUUUUUUAAAAAGAAAGUUCAAUGUCGAUUAUGCAUGUACCAUUUUUGUGACCAAUGUUUUUCAAAAGUCAAAGCAAAUGAAGCCGAUUUAUUGUACAAGUUAAAAAAUCUCAGUAACCCAGCCUGCUUACAGUGUAUAGUGCUUGGACACGAUGUCAUAAAGCGAGAAGAACUCUUCCUACUUGCAAGUAAACAUCUGACAGAAUUCCUUAACAUGAAGAACAUUUCAGUCAACAACUGCACUGAGAAAUACCAUUUAGUUGAUUUGAUUAUGGAAUUUGCUGAAACGAAUGGAUAUAAAAGUGGACAUGAUAUUGAAAACGAAAUAAUGCGUAAACAACAUAUUGAGGAGUUGCGACAAGCAGAAUUUGCAAGACAACUUGAAGACCAACAACGUCAACGCGAAAAUGCACAGACCUUGGACAAUGAUCUGCAAUUAAGUGAUGACACUGUUGAUUCACCAACAGCUAAUGUUUCUUCUGUACAUGAAGACAAUAACUUUAAUUUAGAGAGCCGUAUGUAUCAAAAUGAACAAUUCUUUAAUUCCAAUUUUGCCUCUGAAUCUCAAUCAAAUAGCGUUGAAGCUCAAGGUGAGGCAACUUCAGAGAACGUAAAUACUGAUAGGCAGGAAAAUAUUGACGCACCAAUUGAUCUGAAUAAUUCAUGUGAAGAGCCGGCUUCUUCACAACAAGAUUUGGAAUUUAAUAACGAACCUCCCUUACAUCAGCAGUCUUCACACGCAGACUCGCAACCAAGCCAGCAGUCAACUUCUAGUAACCAAAUACCGUCUACAUCUAACCAAAAUAAUUCUAGUCAGACAAGCGAUUCUGAUCAACGGUUAAGUCAAAGCAAUGGUUUAUGGAAAUCAAUCGAGGACGUGACGAACGAGAAAGAAAUCAAGUCCUUGUCUAUUUUGCAACUGAAACAAAUCUUAACCGCCAAUUUUAUGAAUUAUCGUGGCUGCCUCGAAAAAGAAGAGUUGGUUGAUAAAGUCAAAAUGUUAUACGCAUCCACCAAAAAAGUUGCCCUAGGUGAAAAUUCCACGACGAGUGGUCAAUACGAGAUAGACUUGUGUAAAAUAUGCAUGGACCAUGUAAUCGACUGCGUUCUUCUGGACUGUGGUCACUUAGUCGCCUGUACAAAGUGCGGCAAACAAUUGUCACAGUGUCCUAUAUGUAAGGCGUUUGUAGUACGCGUCGUUCACGUCUUUAGGGUGUGAAAGAAGAAUCUAGAAAAUCUUAUUUUAUUUAAAGAAUAUAUGUAUUAUAUAGUUUUGUAAAGCCA